AUGAGUGGCUGCUGCAUCCGAUGGCAGGCAGACACGAGGGAGUUCAUCGGAAACCUCAAGGUGAAGGUGGUGAGCGGCAGAAACUUGGCUGUCAGAGACAUGGUCACGAGCGACCCAUACGUCGUUCUAAUUCUUGGGCAGCAGGUUUUCAGCGCUGUUCAUACUCUUUUGGGAAAAUUUCUUGAGCGCCCUGUGCAGAUUUUAAGAUGAUUUGACGUAGAUUUUAAUCUGAUGUGUUUGGAUUGGAUUCUGUAGAAAGUUCGGACGGCCGUGGUGAAGAGCAAUCUGAACCCCGAUUGGAACGAGGAGUUCCAGCUACCAGUGCCCCAGUCCUACGGGCCCUUGAAACUGGUGAGCUUUCUGCCGGAAACUGCCCAGAUUAUUUAGUAUCAUCAUACUUCCCUUUUUUAUCCUUUUUUUAUUAAAAAACUGUUAUUUGAGUGUUUAUUAUUAUUAUUAUUAUUAUUAUUAUUCAUUGGCUCGACGGGUCUCACCUGAGAUCCAGAGAUCUGAAGGUUCAUUGCCAUUUCUUUCCCUCUCUCUUCUCUCUCUUGAUCUCUUGAUGUGUGCAUGAGCAGCAAGUGUACGACUACGACACCUUCUCGGCAGACGACAUCAUGGGGGAGGCCGAGGCGGACAUCCAGCCGCUGGUGACGGCGGCGAUGGCGUUUGGGGACGCAGAGCUGCUCUCGGACAUGCAGGUGGGGAGAUGGCUCAAGACCAGAGACAACGCCCUCGUCGAAGACAGCCCCAUCAACGUCGUCGGGGGAACGAUCAGGCAGGAGCUCUCGCUGAAGCUUCAGAAUGUAGAGUCCGGGGAGGUCACUCUCCAACUGGAGUGGCUUCCUCUGGAUCAGUAG